AUGAGGGCACCCCGGUGUGAGGAGGUGGAAGGGGGAGGAGAUGGGGUGUCAGGGGCAGAGGGGAAGGAACGGACAGAGGAGAUGGAGGGGGAGAGCAGUAAGGAGCUGAAGGAGAGGCUGUGUGGGCUGGAGGAGCAGCUGGCCCACUCCCAGUCUGAACUGGAGGAGCUGAGAGAACAGGUGCACCUUGGGUUCUACUCUGUGGAACAGGCAGGGGGCCAUGGGGGCACGGUGGGUGAGACGGAGGGGGCGGGCCAGGAGACACAGCAGCUGAGAGAGAGGGUGAGGGACCUGGAGGCGGUACUGAAAGAGCGAGAGAGACAGGGGGAGGAACAGAGUGAGGGUGAGGGCGAGAGCACAGGGGACAAUGACACAGUCAAACAGCUGAGAAAGAAAGUGAAGAAACUACAGGCAGCCCUGGAAGAUAAAGGAACAGAAAAAGAGGGUGAAAAGGAGGACGGGGGAGGGGAGAGUGAGACAGUGAGGAGCCUCAGGGAGAGGGUGAGUGAGCUUGAAGCCGACCUGGCAGAGAGCAAGGAGUCAGGGAAAGCGGGGGAAAGGAGAGAGGGUGUGGUAAAGCAAGAAGGGGAGGUGGUGUGGAGGCUGCAGGGGCGUGUGGGGGAGCUGGAGGAGGAGCUGAGGCAGUGUGUUCCCCGUUCGGAGCUGGACGAGGUGCAGGUGACCCUGGGUCUGCAGUGUGAGCAGCUGGCCAGGGAGAGAGCUGAGGCCAGCCUGAGACUGAACGAGGCUUUACUGGAGCUGGAGAGACUACGCCCCCCCAGCCCCACACACCACCAAGGAGACGAGGAGGAGGAAGAGGAGGAAGAUAGGUCUGAGGGGUCAGAGCCCUCCAUCACAUCAGAGCCCUCCCUGAGACGGGUGAGAGAGGAACUGGAGGUGGCUAGGCAGGAAGCAGCUCAGGCUCUGGACUGUUUGUGUGCGGAACGCGAGGGCCGGGCCCAGGACACCCUCCACAUGAGAGACGCAGUGUCCCUGUCCCAACACACAGAGGAGCUGUCGGCCCUGUCGGAGCAGCUGGCGCAGACAGCCCAGGAGCUGCAGGCAGAAAGGGCCCUGCGAUGCCAUGCCCAGACUGAGACGGCUAGGCUAGAGGCCCAGCUACAGGCCACACAACAGGACCUUAUACCCAGGGAGGAGCACAAUAAAGUUCAGUUGGAGCUGCAGCGCGCUCUGCAGGCCAGUGAGAGCAGUGCGGCGGAGGCCAAGGAUGCUCUGAGUGUGAAGGAGACAGAGCUGAGAGACAUGAGGUCCCAGAAGGCUUUGGAACAGGGCCUGGUGUCCAAGGAGGACCACGAGUCCCAGCGCCUCUCACUGCAGGCCGAUAUCAACACACUCACCGCCCGAUUCAACGACCUCACACGCAAACAUGAGAAGACCUGCACCGAGGUGUUCCAGGUGCAGCGGGAGGCUCUGUUUAAUAAGAGUGAACGUCAGGUGGCCGAGGCUCAGCUGGCCACGGCGCAACAGCAGCUGGCUGACCUGCAGGCCCAGUCCAGCCACGUCCAGGAGCUCCACAAAGACAUCCAGGACUCCCAGGGCCUGGUCAAGGAGAAGGACCGCAAGAUAAUGGAGCUGUCUAAGGAGGUUUUCCGUCUGAAGGAGGCUCUGGGGGCCCUGAGUCCUCCUCUGGGACUCUCCUCUUCCCACUCCUCUCACUCCCACUCUGAGAGAGUCCCCCCUGUGAACCCUGGCCAGCAGGUGGCGCUGCAGAACAGAGUGGCUGUACUCUCCAAGGAGCUCCAGGAUUGGGAACGAAAGCACAGACAAGUUGUAGCUGUAUACCGAUCCCAUCUACUGGCUGCUGUACAGGGCCGGAUGGAUGAGGAGGUCCAAGAGCUCUUACUGCAGAUCCUGAGGAUGUCACACAAGGACCAGGGUUACUGACCCCCACAGGCAGUGUGCUCCCUGUGCAAUGCAAGACACAACGGGCUAUGGGACCCACCACUGUACUAUACCCUCUACUAACUACAGUAUAUGUACACACUUACUGAAAGCAACGGGUCUGUUCUGCAUACAGUACGUGUAGCCUUGGAAAGACAGAGGUUAGCCCCUUCAUGACUAGCGUUGAACUGGAUAGACAUGGACAGGUAUGGUUUUCUGGUAUCGGAAAGAGAAAUGUAUUUAUAGAUAAUUACUUGUAUUGAGUAACAAUAAUGUAUAAUAAUAAUAAUAAUAAUAAUAAUAAAUGCCAUUUAGCAGACGCUUUUUUAUCCAAAGCGACUUACAGUCAUGUGUGCAUACAUUCUACGUAUGGGUGGUCCCGGGGAUCGAACCCACUACCCUGGCGUUACAAGCGCCAUGCUCUACCAACUGAGCUACAGAAGGACCAUGUAUCUCUUGUCUCAAUUGUGUGAUGAGCCUAUUGAUUGAAUAUAUUUUGUAUGAUAUUCUUACAAUAAAGAUGUAGAAAGAAA